AUCCCUUCUGUCUUCAGUUCUGUUAGUAACAAACAGGAAGGUUAUGCUCGUAUUUUUUAAGUUUUUAUCUCCAAGUUGGAAAUGAUAUUUACCCUCGGACUUUUAUAAAAGUGAUUUUUUUAUUUUAUUUUUAAAAUUAAAAUAAUUCAAAAUGACUAUGAUGGAAUUUGCCGGGUGCGCCUUAACGGCGUAUGGGCCGGCUUUUUCGCUCUUCGUCCUGACGAUAAUCGAAGACCCGAUAAGGAUAAUAAUCCUUGUUAUAAGCGCUUUUUUCUGGCUCCUGGCACUUCUCGUCUCGUCCCUGUUUUGGAAUUUCGUGGCGUUCAGAAACGUCCUGCCUCUCAGCGUCGUAUUCUCUGUUCUGGUACAAGAGGUUUUUAGAUACUGCAUCUACCGGCUAAUGAAAGAAGCAGAGUAUGGAUUAAAAAAGAUCCGGGUGCCAAACACAAAUAUGGAAAUUUUAAGUAACAAGCAGAUAGUGCCGUAUGUCGCUGGCCUGGGCUAUGGCGUUAUGAGCGUUUCAUUCUCGUUGGGCAACAUACUCGCUGAGCUGACCGGGCCGGGUACGGUAGGCCUGAAAGACCCUCAACCGUUUUUCUGUCUCAACUCUGCUGUAUUCGCCAUGAUGUUCACCCUCCUGCACACAGUAUGGAGCAUAGUCUUUUUUUAUGGAGUCGACACGGGAAAAUUUUCCCUCGUCUUGUGGGUCGUCGGUAGCCACCUGAUUGUCUCCUGUGUCACACUCGUAAACUCUAGUGGUCUACAGUACGUGAGCCUUACCAUAACAUUUCUUUUUCUCAUCGCGACCGCUGCCAUCGCCUUCAAGGUAUGUAGAACGGCGAGGACAGUCGAGACUAACACAAUUGAGCAGAGCCACCGAUAAGGUGAAUUGACAUAAUCGCUAUUCAAAACGACUGAUUACAACGUCCAAUUUAUAAUUCCAUUCCUCAACUUAUUCAACUUCGGUUAACUUGUGCAAGGACUCAAAACCGUAUGGCAAUAAUCAUAUUUUAGCUUAUUCUAAUAUUAUUCCUAUAUUGUAAUGUAUAGUCAUUAUAUUGUAUAAUACAAUUAAGCAUAUUUUGUACAUUAAUUACAUCAUUUUAUUCCUUUAAACUUAAUAAACUGCUAAACCUUUUUAUAUUUA